AACAACAACAAAAAGAAAAUAAAUAUGUUUAAAAAUUAAUAAAACGGAUUUUAUUUUGAUUUUCAAAAAUUCGGUUUUGGUAUUAUUUGGCAAUUGAAUUGAGAAAAGAAGAAGAAGAAGAAGAAGAAAAAAAAACAAAUUCAAAAUGUUUUCUUUCGACAAUAAACUCCACAAUCAGUGCUUUCAACAUCACCGUGAAUACCGUAAUUGCAAGCAAUGCUGUUGCUUAAAUAAAGGGUUAAUGCUAACAAUUUUAGGCACCAUAUGGUUCAUAAUAACCAGUAUUGCCACUACCCAGGCUGCCGCUGUUUACACGAAUGUCAAUUUUCAUUCGAAUCCCACCUUUGAACCGAUUUGCACCGCUCAGGAGGAGCAUUUCAUCGAGAGUGACGGCAAAGAAUCUAGUCUUAUAGUUGAAUUUAAUCGAGCUAUUAAUAGCAAUCAAUUAAUGUUAUGUACACGCAUUUUAAGUGCUCCAGCGAAUUAUGGAUUUAUAAUACGUUUGAUUUUACCAAAAAUACGACAUAAUCAUCAUAAUCAUAAACAAUAUCAAGAACAACAACAACAACAACAAAAACAACAUAAACAAUUAAUUAAUAAUAAUAAUAAUAAUAAUAAUAAUAAUAAUAAUAUUGGUAACGUAAAUAAAGGGAAUAAUAAUGGCCUUCACAAUGAUCUUGAAGGUAAUACUGAGAGAAAAUACGGAAAAGGUGAUGGCGUAAGUGAAAUGGCUGUUCUGAUAGAGAAUGUUUUCAAUUCAAGUGCUUUAUCGGAAAAAGCAAAUCAAGCAACAACAUUGUCGACAGAAUUAGUGGGUCGUACUUGCCCCCUAAGUGUUUUCAGUUCCCAUGAUCCUCAUACGCCACAAUGGCGGCUGGAUCCCUGCCAAUUGGAGGAUACCGCCCCAGAAAUGGAAGACCCCGUUAGGUUAUUUCAUGGACGUGUACGCAUUGUUUGGGAACAUAAUAAUCACACUCUAAACGCUAAACUAAUGGUUACGGUCUUGGGUAAAGGAGAUCAGUGCCGUAGUGAAAAUAAACAUCAAUGUUUAAAAAUAGGAGAUGAGCCCAUAUUAUGUAUAUCUAAAGCGUUAAUAUGCGACGGCAUACGUCAUUGUCCAUACAGCAACGAAUAUGAUAGUGAUGAAGAUUAUGAAAUGUGCUGGAAGCGUAGUCGUUACGAUGAGCCUAUACCGCCAGCCAUAGAAUCUGAUUUGCUCGAGCAUUUUGCUUUAGAAAUAUUUCAUAAUCUUUUUGCUUUUGAUGCGCCCGUAUUAGAGAGGAAACCGGAAGGCAAAUCAAAUAUCACAAAGCCGGAUGGUCCUAAGGAAGACGCAACAGGCGGUUUGAACAUUUCUUUGGCUGACAAUAAGGGUGAAAAUGUAGCAAAUGACAAUAGCAGCUUGGAGGUAAAAGGUUUGGGUAUUCUGGGUCGACGUAACACUACGCGCAACGGUCUAAACUCAGAUCUUUCUAAAUAUGGACCUUGGGGCUACUUAAUGCUAGGCAUGCUGCUAUGCGGAGGAGCACUUUUAAUUUGCGGAUUAUGGGUUCUUUAUUAUCGCUUUAGCUAUUACAUUCAAAGCAUACGUUCAUUUUCAGCUUCUGCUUCGCAGCAUGCCGCCAAUAAUGAACGUCAGUCAGCUCUGCAAAAUGCCAACGGCGGAGCUACGAAUAAUAUAAAUGGAGAGCAACUAGCUAAUGCUAAUCCUCCGCCCAACUAUGAGGAAUUAGAUCCACCACCUCCUUAUUCAGUACUGUUUCCUAAUCAGAAGGCAUCUUCUAGUAAUACACUAAACUCUUCUGAAACGUCAGCUACAUCUACGAUGCCCGCAACGACUACUCAAUUGCCACCAUCGGCUGCCCCAAGUACAACGAGAUCAACAAUACGUGUCGCGGUUAAUUGAAGCAAAAAAAGAAAAAAAAAAAAAAAAACAAAAGAAUAUUGUGUUCGUUCGUAACCGUCCUUUUGUUAUGGAAACAACAUUAAUCAGUGAACACGUUUUAAUACGGUUGACAUCCAAUUAAUUGUAAACUUUGACUGACUUUUUUUUUUUUUUGCUUAUGCAUAUAUAUAUUUGUAUUGAGAAAAAAGAGAGAUGA